AUGGCGACCCUCUGCUUCUCAAGCUCGGGCCAGCAGAUGCAACUCGAUACUUCCCAGCUCACAACGAUCGAUGACUUCAAAGUUGCUGUGUCCAAGAAAAUCUCUAUUCCCGCGCAGUUCCUCAUCGCACUCACACCGCAAGGGAAACCGCUGAAGCACCAAGACCUCCCGACCGAGAGAGAGAUCUACAUCUACGACAUUCGAAUAUCCCAGCCUCCAACCCCUGGUACACCAUCCUCUGUCAAUGUCGAGGUCGGGCUUCCGAAGCCGUACAGUUUGCCAGAGCCUCCAAACCGAAUCAACGACACCAAGGCACUGCAGUCAUGGCAAGAGCUAUUCAGGUCACGCGGAGCCUGGGCCGGAAGAGCGGUGGGCGAUUGUGCAUCGAUGGCGCAGGCCACACGAGAUCGAUACGGCGAGAUGGAUGUCAUGAUGCGCUGUCUUGAUGCUGCCAUCGCAAACCUCGAAUCCGUUGUCAAGACGAUAGAACCAAAAUAUCAAGAGCUCAGGAAGUGGGCGGACCCUGCCAAAUCGGAGUACAACACACUCGUCAAGAAUUGGCAGUCAUAUCUCAGUCUUGCUCGGAGUAUACCCAUCUCUCCAGGCAUGGCGUCCUUCAUGACAGGCCGGAGCUUUAAUUCAAAGAAUAAUGCGGCCCGACAGCCUACCCUGGAGGAUCUCCUGGACUUAGAUACCACGAGGCUGACCGGACAACGGGCACCCCAAGCACUACGAAAGUUCAAUCAACGCGUAAGCGACCUGGAAAAGACGGCGGCACGCAUGCUCAAGAACUGCCAGGAUGUCACCCAGGAUUUCGAGCGACUCAUAGAACGCUCCGCCAUGUCCCAUGAUGGUGAGGCCGCUCAACUUUUGGAGGACAUCGAGGCUGUAGCCAGGAAGAUUGAUGCAGACUAUGAGACAACCAUGGAGCUCACAAACACCGCCCGGGACCUUACACAAGCUUCAAAACUUGCUGCAACCCACACCGAGCGGCUACUCCCCAGCAUAAAGGCCAGGGCCCUCGAGAUGGAUGAAAUGCUUCGGUACGCAACUCAGGCGCGAAAUGCCCUUGCCUUGGAGUCCGUAGACUUCAUGCGUAGUAUAACGGACAUAACGUCUCUCACAACCACGGUCAAAUCCCAAAUCAACGUCCUGGGCUCGGAGGAAGAGCUAGCCACGUUUGAUUACCUGAGACUGAUACAGCAAGUCCCUUUCAUGUACGCAUCCUUUGCCAUCGAAGCGUUGAAACGAGGCGAGUGGUAUGAGAAGGUUAAGGUCGACGCGUCUACCCUGGCGAACGAAAUGGCUGUUUUCCAGGAUGAGGAGAUCAAGAGGAGAAGAAAGUGGCUCAAAACGGUCGAGAACCUCUACGGUCCCCAAACGGCAUCCGGUGAGAGCAACGUUGCUGGUUUGGAGGUCAAUCUACUGGGCCAGGAAGAGGAGUGGCCGACCAUGAGUAAGAAGGAAUUGACCGAUUUCUACGACUCUCUCCAAAGACAGAAGGCUGAGCAGGAGUUGCUCAACGACAUUGGCAAACUGAUUGUGGACUUGAACAAUCCGACAAAGCAACAGUCGAAACGUUUGAAAGCGUUCAAGAAUGGCAGCAUUCAUGAAGCAUCCUUGGGCAGGAGCGGCUUGUUGGUUCGGGGUGACGAGGAUGUUCUACGAUCGCUGCAGGAAGAAAAGCAAAGGGUCGACAACAAACUCAAGACAGCGGAAAGCCGAGUGCGACGUCUGGAGGACCUGCUACAUAGGCAGAGCCAGUCUUCCAGGCCAACAUUCGGGAACCUGUUCCAGUCCCCAAGCCAGCAACUUAUGGAGCGAAAUGGCUCGACCACGUCGGUGCAGAAGGCAUCCGAGGACCGUAGGCGAUCAUCAUCAGACUUCCCAGAAGGCCUUGUGCAGCGUAUUCAGCAGCUUGAAAGCGAGCUCAGCGCAGAAAGAGAGAAAUCCGCUGCAUUCGAGAAAGACUUGAGUGCCCGCACGACCCAGCACGAGACUGUCAAGGGCCAAAUAGAAGAAGCCAAUUCUACUAAGAAGGAUCUUCUUGAAAACAUGGAGGCCCUGAAGCGGGAAUUUGUGGAGGAGCGCAAAUCCCUCGAAGACGAAAUCAAGCAUCUCAAAGCGCGAAUUGAGGAUAAUGAGGACGAAAUGGAACACUUCGGCGAAUCCCGAGAGCAUGAGAAGGCACACUACGAUGGCAGAGUUCAAGCCCUUGAAGAUGAAAUGGCGCAGCUGGCCAAGGAGAGACGCGACGAACAGCUCAAGUAUGAAGGACAAGUCGAGUUCCUCAGAAAAGAAUCGAAACUACAGAGGGAACAAGCUGAGGAACUGGAGAAGCAGUACAAGUCAGUGCAAGACGAAAACAAGAAUCAACGCCAGCAACUGGAGGCGGCCAAGCAGACCGCAGAGUCUCAAUUGCGAGCAUUGCAGGACUUGUACCGCCAACUUGACCCAGGUGGUAGUAUCCCAGAAGAUCAAGAAGAACUUAUCGAAAGUAUGGCUAGCAAGUGUGCCGAUGUCCUCAUGAGGGCCCAAGAUGUCGAGGCCAAUAUCUCUCUGGUACAUUCGGAUCUACACUCGGCUGAAGUUACCGUCAAAGAUCUUCGGGCAGAGAUCUUGACGGCAAACGAGUCUUUGGCUAAGGAGGAGAGCUCAACAAUGCAGCUUCGAGAACAGCUCGGAGAAGAGAAGGCUCGCGUGGCCGCGCUCGAAGGCGAGCUGGACGAGACCCGCAACCAGCUCAACGAAUUGAGAGUCAAGAUUGCUGAUGGAGAAACCGGCUCAGAGAGUUUGCGGAAGAGGCUGGAAGAGGACGAGAAGAAGAUCACGACGAUGUCGGAAGAUCUGGCUUCAAAGCAGUCCCAAGUUGGGAGCCUCGAGGAGGAGCUUCGUCUCUUCAGAAGCAAGCUCGAAGAGUCUCAGGUCAAGCUUGGUGUGCUCACCGACCGUUUUGUGGCACGUACGGAGCACGCCAAAGACCUCACCCAGAAGCUUUACACUCAAAAUGACCGUCUUAGGCGUCUUCUCGAAAGACUUGGCUUCUCAGUCAAACGACAGGAUGGCACUGUGGUCAUUCAGAAGAUCCCGCGUGCUGAGCGUUCUGUGCAAAACCUCAACGAUUCCAUCGACCCAGGCGCUUCCCUCCGUCGUUCGGGAACUCUCUCCCAGACCCCCGAUAGUAGCGAUCUCGAGCUACUGUACUGGAUGAACAAUUCGGACCCAGCCACCGAAUCGGAGAGGUACCAGGUCUUCAUGGCGGAGCUUGGUAGCUUCGACAUGGACGCCCUCAUAGAGACCGUCUACAAGCGAGUCAAGGAUAUCGAACAUAUGGCUCGGAAGCUACAACGCGAUGCUCGAUCUUACCGCGACAAAGCUCAUGCUCUACAAAAGGAUGCCCACGACAAGAUCGCGUUCAAGAACUUCAAGGACGGUGACUUGGCUUUGUUCCUGCCGACUAGAAAUCAGAUGACUGGGGCCUGGGCCGCUUUCAACAUUGGGUUCCCGCAUUAUUUCCUCCGCGAGCAAGAAGCACAUCGCCUCCGCAACAGAGAGUGGCUAUUAGCGCGCAUCAGCCGCAUCCAAGAACGAGUCGUCGACUUAUCCAAGAGCCUGAGCAAUCAGGCGUCGGGCAACGGAGCCGCGGAAACGGACUCUGUGGAUGACGAAAAUGACAACCCAUUCGAUCUCUCCGAUGGCCUACGUUGGUACCUCAUCGAUGCGCACGAGGACAAGCCUGGCGCACCUUCGACACCAGGGCUUGGGAAAAGCACGGUCGCUGCUAAUAAGGUAGACGCCGUUGCGGAGCGAGCACAGAUUCGAUCGGCAUCCGGCAAGGGCCUUGGGUUGGGUGGUCGCGGUCCAACCGGCAUCGAUGGGGUGAGCAAGACUCUGUCCAAGAGCCUUGAGAGCCGUCGCUCCAGCACAAGUUCUAAGAAGGCCUUGCCAUUUGGCAUUGGUGGUGGUGGAAAGGGCAGCGGGCUCGCCAGUGAAGCCAAUUCCAUCCGGGCCGCACCGGCAGACUCGCCAGAUCCCCCGGCCGAAUCAAGCGGCCAGCAGCCCCCGAAUACUAGUACAGAGCAGACAAACGGCGGGGGUGAAGCUCAAGCUGAAGGUACCGCUGCGGCGGCAGCGGAACAACAGGGGCAGCGGCCGCCUGACGGCGCCGCGGGCACCGAGCACGGCCGGCGACUCCGGCUACCUACCCUGGCGCAAGUACGCCCAAGACCGCUGGUGCAGCAGCAGCAGCAGCCGCCGCCGAACGGCGCCCCGGAGUCUGUGGACAGCCCCUCUAAUAAUAGCAAGCGGAGGAGCGUGAUUUGGGACUCCCUGUGGAGUCUGGACCUGAGCUACGAGAGCGGGCGCAAGGGCAAAUAG